AUGACGAUGAUCGGCAAGCGCCUCUUGCACUUUUUUGGACUGGCCUCGCUCCUGACGGCCGUCUGUAUGGCCGCAAUCGGCGUGCCUCACCUCAAUCGAGAACCAAGUCCUGAACCUCCAGUAGACAACGUGAACGGACCAGAAUGGACGCAAUUCAUGCGACAUUACACCGAGCAACAACUUGAUCUUCCGCGCGAUCAUCUGCACCCGGUGUAUAGACACAACCUUCGCUAUGCCCAGCACUACGAAAAUCAUAUCCGCAACCGCGAUACGAGAUACUACCUUCUUGUUCCAGAAUUCGAGGGCUCUCAAGGCGCCAUCUAUAUCACCCCAUGGACAUGGACGAGACCAGAAGAGGUAAUUCCUCGGCAAGAGGUGCUAGUGGUAAACUUCUGGCGAGAAUCCUACAACCCAAUCAUUCAUGCUGGCUUUCGCCAAGGUGCUGUGAAUGAUCGAGGUGAAUGGGCUUGGGACUAUCUUAACAGGAUUGCAACUAUCACGCCAGAUCAAAUUCGAGAAAGAUACGGCCACGUCCGUUUCUGA